GACAAAAUAAUACAGUGAGAAAUGUGAAGUUUGCGAUUAGGAGAUCCAGAACAGGAAUACAGAUUGUAUAUAUUGGUGCGAGCCAGACUAAUAGAGUCGGGGGCAUUACACAGUCAAAUCACAGAUUAUCCAGGUUGAACCAGCAGACAGAGACCCAAAUGGUAAUCUUUUAGAGACUGCUAAAUCCGUACUGGUUUCAUCAGGUGAUUCUCAGUCUUCUGUCAUAGAUGACAUGAUAGCAGCAGGAAAUCAGGAAGAGGCUGUUCAAAACUUGAAUGUCAUCGCUUCAGCUCUAAACCCAGUAAAUGGCACUGAAGUGAAUGACACUGUAAAGGCAGAGAAAACUGCGAUAAGAACAUCAGUUGUGACAAGUUUAAAAAAAGUAAAUGUUAGCAGUAUUGAUACAUUGUCAUCUGUUGCUGAAACUUUGACACAGGUUACAAAAGUGAAAUCUGAACUCACUGAAAGUACACAGGAAGAUGCUGCCAAGCUGUUUGAUGAUUUAGCUGAUAGUUUGGAUACUUUAACUAAUGUGACAAAUUCAGCAGAUAUUGUAGACUCGGCCGAAGAGAUAUUUAUUGGUGUGACACAACUUCUUGAUAUCAAAGCAGAUCAGGGUCAUACACAGUUGAUGAAAGAUCAAUCACAAAAUAAUGCUAAAUUGGGAAAGAUGAAAAAAUCAGCUGGUAGACUUCUUAAUACAAUAGAUAAGAUUAGCAACACAAUAUUGUCAGGGCAGACGGUUGGAGACCCAGCUGUAGUAAUUCAGACAGAGAGUGUCAAUAUUCAGAUGGAAAAAAUUGAACAGUCAGCAUUAGGUGGUAGACAUCUUACUAUGGGCACUGGUGGUGACACAGAGGUAGCUACAGUAGAAUUUCCAGCAGUUGUUGAUGGUGUUGAUAAAAAUAUGCCUGAUCUAGGCUUACAGGUUUUACAUAUGAAGAAGAAUCCUUAUAUAUGGGACAGGUCAGCUGUAGAUGUCAAUAUGGAGGUACUAUCUGUAGAACUCACUUCAAAAAAUUCUGAAGUGAAAGUGACCAAUCUGAGUGAACCUAUUAAAGUGUCUCUGACUGCACCAGGUACUUAUUACAUGUAUUAA